AUGACUGCGAGGAGGACCUGCCCCGGCUUGAUCUGUCUGGUGCCCCUCCUGGUGGCCUAUCCAAUUGCCUUUCUCAGACCCUCCUCACCCGGAUGCCGCGAUGCCGGUGCCGUGAUGGCGCGGGCGCGGCGACCCUCCGAGGCCGAGGUCUUCUGGGCCAAGAAGUUGCCCAAGUUCAAGGAAAUGGCUCAAGGCCUAGGUGUGCCAUAUCUUCCAGAGCCCGGGGCCCUUCCAAGCUGGGCAUCACCUGUGCUUGUGGUGCCGCACCAGGUGGAGCGCGACAUCGAACAGUUGGAGUACCUGGUGGCCCGAGGGGUGAUGAACUCAGAGUUGGAGAACUACGUGAAGGAGUUUGCGCUCCCAGAGUUCCACUUGGCCUUAAAGGUGGUCAACCAGGCCCUGGAAGGAACCGGAGAUGACUCCGCCAUGAUGGAGCCGAACGAGCACCUGGCGGUCUUCUUCGGUUUGUAUGGCAGGCUGUUGCACUUGCACCCUGGUGGAGCAGUGAAAACCGACAUCAUCAACCCAGAGAUCAACUUCGAUGCGGUGCAGUCCGACUUCAGAACGAAGAGGCACCGGGUGGUGGUGAUCGACGACUUCUUCACACCAGAGGCUUUGCAGAACCUUCGCGACUUCCUCCUGGAGUCCACCAUUUGGAGCGACGUGAAGCGAGGCUAUGUGGGAACCUAUCUCCAUACUGGCUUUGCUUCCAGCUUGGUGGCACAGGUAGAGCAGGAGAUCCGGCGGAGCUUCGCCGAUGUGCUGGAUGGCUUAGUCCUGCAGAACGCUUGGGCUUACAUGUAUGAUGGCAAACUGCCUGGCAUCGGAGCUCACGCGGAUGACUCACAGCUGCAGAUCAACAUCUACCUGACGCCUUCGGAGGCGAAUCUUUGGUCCUCCGAUGAGUCGCGACAUCCCUCGGGUGGACUGGUGAUCUAUGGCGUGGGGCCACCGGCCUCGUGGAGCUUUCAGAAGUACAACAGCGAAAGCAAGAACUCUGAAAUACAGGAGAUCCUGGCGAAGUCCGGCCAUUGGAAUCUCACCGUUCCUUAUGUCCAGAACAGAGCAAUUUUGUUUGAUUCGACCUACUUCCACAAGACCGACGACAUGUCCUUCCGGGAAGGUUACAGCAAUCGGCGGAUCAAUCUGACCUUUUUAUAUGGCAGGCGUGACAGGCUCGUUCCUGCACCUGCAGUUGCAUAA